AUGAAAUACUCCCAGUUAAUUUCAUUUUUUAUUAAAUUAUUUAAUUAUACACGUUAUAAUUUGGUAAUAAAAAAAGAUAUUGCACAAAUAUCAGGAGACUGGAUGAAACAAUUUUGUGAUCAAAAUAUUCGAAUAAUUCGAUCAGUAGGUCAACAAGAUGACAGAAAUUUAUCAACAAUUUUAAUUGAACUAUUAAACGAAUAUAAACAAGAUGAAAAGUUGACAAUUGUUCCACUGAAUAUUGCUGGUAUUCAUGGGAUACCUUUCGCAUUAAUUUUUAAUAAAAAACCAAUUUAUAAAUAUAAUUUAAAAGAAUUUGACAAUAAUAUAAAAGGAAAACAUUUAAUUGAUAUUUUAACAUCAUCAUCAUUUUUCUCAGAAAAUUUAACAAAACAAGUACAUGAUUUGGCAACAUUUCAAACAUUUAACGAUACUUAUGAUAAAAAUUUUGAACAAUUAAAAGCGGACAUAUUGGAUUUAAAUUUUGAUCAGAAAAUUUCAUUUUUAUAA